AUGAGUCGAAAGAAAAGUAGCUCAGUCACUCAAUUGAACAAUGUACUACCAAUACCUAUAGAAUUAAAUGCUGGAGAAGACUUACAAACACAUCAACAUAACCACCAAAGUCACAUAACUGAUGUACGAGUAGGAGAACAUCACUUAGUUCAAGGAAAUACAACAGCCACAAAUAGCUCAACAAGUGGACAAGGCCGAUAUAUUGUAUGGCAGAUUAAAAUCACCAUCAACGAUCUAGAUUAUUCCUCAAUUGUGUUGUAUAAACGAUACCUGGAAUUAUUACAAUUAUAUAAUGAUUUACGACAAUAUUAUAAAGGACAACAAGAUAUAGUAAUACCCAAGCCACCGCCUAAAAACAGUUUUAGUUUUGAACGACUAGUGAUGAGUUCAAGUUGGUUGGAAGAUAGAAGAAAAGGAUUACAAUGGUUUUUGAGUAGUGUUUUGUUGGAUCCAGUUUUACAAAACGGACCAAUUGUUAAGCAGUUUGUAUUAGAUAGUAAAGGAUAA